GUGGUAGUGACAGUAGAGUGUUGUAUGUAGUAGUAAUAAUAGUGUACAAAGCAGUAGUGAUAGUAGUAACAGUAGUGUUGUAUGCAUCAGAACUUCUUGAGGUAUCAUGGCUUCCUUUCGUGAGACCACAGCGGAAAGAAGCCAGGAAAGAAAAUCAGUUCACAAAAAUGGUACAAGUAAUGGCAUAUCCAAACAGAAAAAUGGACAUGCAUCGGGUUCUAACGGUAGCAAUGAAUUUUACAAAGAACCAUUUUAUGAGUCUUUUGAGGCUACCCCUUUACUGGCUGCUAUCUUAACCUACCUCAGUUACAGCUUGCUAACAAUUGUAGGUCACAUUCGAGAAUGGUUACAAAUGGCUGGAUUGCAGAAGUCCCACAUGCUCAAGGAACCAAAACAAGAUGAUUUUGUCCCUCUCUAUCAGAGCUGGGAAAGUUUCUACACUAGAAACUUGUAUCGAAGAAUAAGUGAUUGCUGGAAUCGUCCUGUUUGUACAGCUCCAGGAGCAGAAAUAGAUGUCUUAGAACGAGAAUCUCCUGAUUUCGGUUGGAACUGGAAAAAUCAGUUUUGGCAAGCUAAAAUAGCACUCAGCAGCAUUACAUAUGUCAGUAACAGAAUUUUGGCUGCAAACUUUGGUGGAAACCCUGGUACAACAGUCAUUGUGCAUUAUGCCUCAGUUGAGGGUUCACAAGAUGUAGAACAACACAACAACAGUCUUGCUGAUGUAAUUCGCUCAAUACAAGCUCACAUGAUAUUCUUACUUGGUGAUUGUAACGCAUACAUAGGAACAAAAGAUGGUUCUUUCACAUUUCGUGUGCAAACAAACAACAAUGACUACUUACUCCUGGACCUUGCAUUAGAAACCAAUGUGGUUAUUACAGAUACUCGGUUCCAAAAGGGAAAAGGCAAGCUAACUAUACUGCUAUACGGGAGUGGAUGUUAUAACAGUCUGAUGUUGGAUUACAACACAAGUCUUGGUUCUGGCCACAGAAUUUUAUUAGGACAAAUCAAACUGACCUUGCGUACACGUACAACACCUGAGAAAAAGCAAGUAUAUGACUGGUAUAUCCUGAAAAGUGAUACAAAUUUACAGUGUCAUUUGACAGAAAACCUGAUGACAUUUGUGAAUUCACUAUUUGCUGCAGGUUUACUUGAUAUCCAUAUGGAACUGGAUCAAACUGUGGCAGAUUUUUUAGGAGUUGAGGAAGCCAUUACUUUCCCAAUGGGUUUUGCUACAAAUUCUAUGAAUAUACCAUGUCUUGUUAGUAAGGGUUGCUUGAUAGUCAGUGAUGAGCUCAACCAUGCUUCAUUGGUUCUAGGUUCACGCCUUUCUGGAGCCACCAUACGUGUUUUCAAACAUAACAAUAUGGUAUCUUUGGAAAAAAUCUUGAAACAAGCUGUGGUCGAGGGUCAGCCAAGAACACACCAGCCAUGGAAAAAAAUCCUCAUUGUAUGUGAGGGUAUUUACAGCAUGGAAGGUUCUAUCUGCCGACUUCCUGAAAUAGUGCACUUAAAGAAAAAGUACAAGGCUUAUUUGUAUCUUGAUGAAGCUCACAGCAUCGGUGCUAUUGGUGAUAAUGGUCGUGGUGUCUGUGAGUAUUUUGGAAUUGAUCCAUGUGACGUUGAUGUUAUGAUGGGAACAUUUACUAAAAGCUUUGCCUCAGCUGGUGGAUAUAUUGGUGGCUCAAAGGAUUUGAUUAACUAUUUAAGGAUAAAAUCACACAGCAGCAUGUAUGCUAGCUGUAUGUCACCUGCUGUAGCCCAACAAAUCAUCAGCACAAUCAGGGUGAUCUCUGGAGCUGAUGGUACAACAGAGGGAAAGAAACGCAUCCGUCAGCUGAAAUGGAAUGUACGCUAUUUCCGGCGUCGCCUUAAUGAACUAAACGUCAUUGUCUAUGGAAACAAAGACUCCCCAGUUGUACCCAUUCUUUUGUAUAUGCCAUCUAAUAUUGCUGAAUUUGCUCGUGUUUCUUUGGAGAAAGGUCUUGGAGUUGUUGUAGUUGGAUUUCCAGCAACACCAAUAAUUGAAUCAAGAGCUAGAUUUUGUCUUUCUGCAUCUCAUACAAAAGAAAUGCUUGACAGAGCCAUAGACAUAAUCAAUGAUGUAGCUAACCAUUUGGGGAUCAAAUAUUCUACAAAGAAGUUAACCAUUUUUCAUGAAGAUGAAGUAGAAUUAAUAAAGUGAUUGCUGUACCUUGCUGAGACAGGCACAUACAUCUUGUGUUGUUGGCUGCCUCCCUCUUCACCCAAGAAUCACUACCACUACUUGCCAUGCAUUGUCUACUUCAAGUUGGUAAUUUGCGGAUGGAUUUGAAAUUUUAGCCUGAAUUCUCUUGUUGCUGAUAAAUUUAUUGACCACUUUUUCAUCUGCUUGACAAAGUCUAUAGCUACAUGAGCUAGGGCUUGUAUCAAAUAUGCACUUAUUGGUUCUUCUCUCUCCUUUGUGUACAUACAUCUGUGUAUAUAUAUAUAUAUAUCAAUAUAUGCAUGCACACACACACAUACACACACACUCUCUCUAUCUUUCUCUCUCUCUCAUAAUUGCAAAAAUUGUAACCCUUACACACCAUUACAUUCUUUUCACAAAGAUAACCAAUGCUGCUUCCUACCAUCUUUCUGUUAAUUCUCCUCAUUACACUUCCAUUAAUACAGAAAAAGCAAAAUUAUUUUUACAACCGCAGAUCAAAUGAUCAUUGAAGAUUUAUUCUGAAACUUAUCAAGGACAGUCAGUGACUUUUUUUUUUUUAAUAAAAUAUAAUAAAAUAUAACAGUUUCUAAGUAUUCGAUUUGUUUUCAUUAAUAUGAAGGACUGAUCUUUACAAUUCUAUAUACUAAGAAUGUGUGUGUGUGUGUGUGUGUGUGUAUAUAUAUAUACACACACAUACACAUGCAUAAUUCAAUUUUUCCUUUUGUUUUUUAUUAUCAAUUUUGCUCCAAUAUUAUAUAAUUUCAUUAAUUGUUGUUAAGAUUCCUGUAUUUGGAUAAAAAAAAAUCCUUUUAGUUCUUUACAAGGAUUCUUUUAUUUCCCUGUUUUCCUAUAUAUAGAAUUUCUUUUUCAACAUUUUCUUUCUAUGGAAAGGAAUCUACAUAUUGAGAUAUUUGUUUGGAAAUUGGGACAUGUGGUAUAAAUGAAGGUCUUCUUUGUAUGUAAAAUGUUAAACAUUUAUGUGUGUCUGUAGAUAUAUACAUAUAUAUUUAUAAAUACACUGAUAUAUAUCUCUAUGUGUAUGUACAUGUGUAUAGAAAAGUAUGUAUGUGUACACACACAUGAACACACAACUGUCUGACAAAUGGUUUGUGAAACUCUAAGUAACAGUUUCUGAAGAUUUUUCAGCUUCAAUAAAAUAGUAUUUUACUCUA